UACUGCGCCGGGGCCAUGUUCGUGCAGCAGCUGCUGAGCCGGGGCUACGGUUUCGACCAGCGCACCUUUGGCGGGGUGACCUUUCAGAAGAAGGCCGGGGACACCGCGGUCGGCUGGGCGCUCGGUUACAUGCUGAACCUGACCAACCUGAUCCCCGCCGAGCCGUCGAGGCUGCUCAAGGGCACCGACUUCAGCUCUUGGGUCGUCCUCCUCCUGCUCUUCGCGGCCUUGCUCCUGGCCGCGCUUGUCCUGCUGCUGUGCCAGGCGCGCUCCACCAAGUCGCCGAGCGCCAUCUAGGGACGGGCUUGGGGCAGCUACCCCAACCCCAUAUUCUCCCAUCCCUCCCUCCACCAAACGUUCCUCAGCCUCUCUGUCCCUAAUGCAGCCCCGAAACCGAGACCGGAUUCUAGCGCCAUGCCCCAAAGGGGGCCCAGGUGGGCGAAGGGAACCGAAAACAGCGGUUCCAGCCCCCUCCAACCUGGGCUCCGUCUCAAAGCCUCGUGCUCUUCCUCGUCCUACUGGGGCUGGGCGGUUCGGACACCCCUCAGUCCUCAGCCUGUGACUGCAGGGCUGGGUCUCCAGGAAGUGGAGCCUUUACUGUGAUAAUCAGGGCCCUCAGAGACGCCCACCACCAUCCGGGUCUGUUUUAGGGGGCGGGCCGACGCCUACUUGUAGAAUUUUGUAAUAAAGAGUUUUUCCUAGA